UCUCUUUAACUCUCAGUGAAUAUCUCCAUUACCCCAGCUGCGCAUCCUCUUUAAAGAUUAAGCGAUUUUAUUUUAAGCUGCUGACGAGUAAAGGGCUCCAUAAACGGCAAAAAAGCGGAUGUUGUGACACCUGUAGCUGAAUCUCAAUCCCCUAAAAAGUGAGGUUGGAUUGCAUCCAUUCAGCAUCUACCCUGCAGGAGAGGUUAUCCUGUGCUGUCUGAUCUCGAGUGGGGAAGCGCAAAGGUAGACGCCUAAAGCCAUUUACGGACGCAUUAAUAUCUAAGCCGCUCUCAGUGCCUGCUUGCAGACAGGAAGGAGCAUGGAUAGAGAGGAAUUUGCUCUGACUAGUGCGUUGAGGGGAGUUGUAGAGCUGGGGGUGUGCUCCUCUGGAAACUAAAUUAAGGACAGCGGACGAAGCUCCGUCACAACUGCUCGCCAUUUCACUCCAGGCUUCUUUUGUUAUUAUUUCCUAUUUCUGGCAUAUAGACUUUUUAUUUAAUUCGUCAUCAUGGGAAAAGAUGAGUGCAAAACAAUGCUGGACGCUUUAAACAAAGUGACCGCCUGCUACAGGCACUUGGUCAUCGCCCUGGGAAGCACCUCGGACUCGCAGAACCUGCGAGAGGAGCUGAAGAAGACCCGCAAAAAGGCCCAGGAGCUGGCCGUGGCCAACAGGACUAAACUGACUUCUCUGCUCAAAGACAAAUCCAUCAGCAAAGAGGACCGGGCCGAGUACGAGCGACUAUGGGUGCUGUUCUCGAGCAGCAUGGAGCUCCUGGAGGUGGACAUGAAAAGGUCCCUGGAGAUAGGGCAGGAUUUCCCCACCAAGGUGCCGACGAGGCACUUCAUCCAAACCGGGAUGACCGGCAGCACCACCACAGUGGCAGCCCGGGCCAUGAGCGUGCAGAAUAUGAAGUACGAGGCGGACAGCAACAUCGACACAGUGGACCUCCGGGACCUGCAGACCGAGAUCACCCAGGUGAGCCAGAUGAUGGAGGAGAUGGAGAUGAAGGUGCAGGUGGCUCCGUGGGCCGUGGAGGCGAAGCAGGAGGCAGGCGCGGAGCUCAAGUCAAACAUGAGUGUAGGAAAUUCCUCCGUAGGUGUCAUCUCCAUCUGCGAAGAGGAGCCUAAAGAAGAGGAAGGGGGCGGCAGCAGGGACUCUGGCAUUGCCUCGGUCUGCGCUGUGUUUGUAUUCUUUGUCAUCAUUGCGGUCGCUGGGGUUUUAGGAUAUCUGGUCGUCAAUAUGUCCUGAAGUGUCUAACAAACAGCCCACUUAUGGACACAAUGCGCUCCACAAGAGAGUGAAAUACCUUUUUUUGAGGAGCUGGACAAUUGUGGACACGCGAAAUUAUUCAUCUUUCUCGGAUUUGUGAAUGUAUUCGGUGGAGUUAAGGAGUUGCACUAGAUAUAACAUGUAGAACAACACAAUGGACGACGGGCACCAUUUCAGGUUAAGUAUUUUAAGGGGCCAAGAGGUCGUGUAUUUUUGGAGAAAAAAAAGUCAUGAAAUUACGUGACAAUGUCUGGCCAUCAGGAUGAUGCAAACAACACGUGAUCCAAGUGGAUUAGUAGGAAAGCUCAAGCGUAAAUGUAGCCUACUGUUAAGUAUUCCCCUUAAUGUUCAGCAGAUUGAUGCUUUAAAUGUAUCAUUUCAAUACAAAGUCAGGAGUCAUGUAGUCAGAGAAGGGUAAUGGUGUAAGGAAACUAAUAGAGCCAGUAUUCCGUUUGGAUGUGAUGAAAUAUGCACUGUUCCACACCCUUAUAAGCACUGUUUUAAUACUUCAUAAAUUCUGUACAGCAAAGAUUUAGUAGGCCUGCAUCUACUUCAUUGCAUCAAAUCACAAUGUGCUUCAUGAGACUUAGGGACAAGAGAGAUCCACAGUCUUUUAAUAAUGCACCCGUUCACUGUAAGCCUGUUCUUUUUCAGGGUUUUCUUGCAAACAGUCUUGAAUGUAUGCAUUGCAACAUGUGAAUAGACAGGGUUUUCACAACCUACAGACUUUGGUGUCAGAUAAUGUACAUACAUAAGUAUAUUUAUUAUAAUAAAAUUUGAAAAAAAUUAAAAACUUGCUUGUAGUUGGAUGAACUAGCAUGCAUGCAUUGAAUAACACAUUUAUUAAGUGUAGGCAUGUUUAAAAUUAAAGAUGGUUGCAGAUAAGUGAAGACUGUGAUCACUGCAAAGCCUUACACGCACACAUCAGACGUGGGCCUACCCAGAGGUAUUUUUAAGCACUGGAUUUACAUCUUAGACGUCACCACCUCAGGUUUAUAGAGUUCGAUUUAACAUGGAAAGGGGACUAAGAUAGAUGCUCUAACUCCCUAAUGGAUUUAUUUGUAAGAGUCUUUGAAAGUAUUCCUGGUGGCUGGCUGUCAAAGGCAAAGCUUUUGGUCGCUGUAAGUUGAGGGGGAUGGGGAUGUGGGACAGUUGUCCUGAGUUUGAGGUCAGCUCAGAAAUAGUUCAAGAAAUCUUUAUCUGAUCCUGUCAAAGACCAAAACUGGGCUAGUCUGAAUACAUUUAUCAAUGACAUUCUGCUAAACUCUUCUUUGGAACAUCUUGUGUUAGUCCCUUUUAAAAGCGUUUUGAGAAAAAUAUAUGCAAUUUCAUACCUUCUCUUUUUCUAAUGACAAUUUUGUUAGCAUUUUUUCUAGUAAUUCUAGAAUAUUUAAAUAUUGCGUCAAAAUAAUUGUCGUGUUCCAAGUUCAACAUUGAUAUUCUACCUUUGUACAAUUAUUUACCAAAAAGCUGUCUACAAGUACAAAAAGGACAUUUUAUCAGAACAUUUUCGGUUAAAAAUGUGACAUGUUGGAAGACAUAGACAGUAUUAAAAUAAUUAUGUAUAGUUCUUCUUAUAAGUAAUUUGAAAGGAAAGUGUUUAAUUAUCAAUGAUGAGAUUUGAAACAACGGUACCCGUAUACAUUGAGUGUUGCUCCUUUGUUCGUAAAGAUCUUUAUCAGCUGGUUGUGCUUUCAGACAGAAAACAGAGUGAUAACAGGAUAAACAUUUAUCAUCCAGACACACAGUUGCUGUAAAACAUAAAUAGUCUUUACUUGUCAUCAUAACACUUCAUUUGAAUUAUUGCUCUGAUGUUAAUUCUAAUAAAUCGUCUGUAGUAACUACUCAAGUUCAAUAGUUGCACCUUAAAUGAGCUCUAAAUUGACUUUAAUGGUCUCCCAUUCAUGAGGGGUUCCUCUGAAUAUUUUACUGCAAAUAGACCCCAGGCACUCGGCCUUGGUUGCUGGUCAUAAUUAAAGCGUCCCUCCUCUUCUUAGCAAAGGCCUGACUCAUUGUGGGUGUAACGGAACAGUUUAAAACAAAAACAAAACAAGGUAAGGUUACAUGUUCAAGUUGCAGAUAAAGCAAGCAAUUAUUUGGGAAACUAAAUGUUUAUUUAGCAGACUUUUAAUACCUUUUCCUCUCUUGUGGCUG